CGUGCAACGAUGAGCAACAGGCGGCCACCAGACGGGUCGCUGCAGCUGGACUGGGUGUUCGGCUACAACGGCCACACCGCGCGCAACAACAUCCGCCUCAACGCUGCCGGCCACCUCCUCUACUACGUCGCGGGGGUGGCGGUGGUGCAUGAUCUCGAGAACAACAAGCAGAGCUUCUUCACGGGACACGAUGAUGACAUAACUAGCCUGACGGUGAGCCAGGACGGGACCAUAGCAGCGUCAGGACAGCUGGGGCGGGACCCCAGUAUCUGUGUUUGGGGUGCGGGCGACACGGCGCCCCUCAGCGUCCUGCAUGACGCCCACCACACCGCUGUCACCGCCCUCGCCUUCUCUCAUGAUCAUCAGAUGCUGGCAUCUGUAGGAGGUUCACCCCAGCGGCAGGAGGUGGUCGUGUGGGACUGGCAGAAGGGCAGGCGCGUCGCCGCUGCCGUCGCGUACGCCGGCAAGGUGGAGGAGGUGGAGUGGGCGUACGGGAGCACCACACACCUCGUCACCUGCGGGGACAAACACAUCAAGUUCUGGACGCUGCAGGGCAACGUGCUCAGGGGGCGGGCUGGGGUGUGGGGCAGCCUGGGGAGGCAGGAGGACCAGACGAGCGUUUCGUGUCUGCCCGACGGCCGUACGGUGUCGGGGUCAGCGGGUGGCAGCCUCAACAUCUGGGGUCCUGACGGGAAGCUCCAGUCGACUGUCGUGGACGUUCAUCCUGGCGGCGUGCUGGUGACGGAGGUGUACCGGGACUGGCUACUGACGGGAGGUCGUGAUGGGGCCAUCUCCAUCCGGGACCUGCAGCACUUUACUGUGCUGACUACCGUGCCUGAGACUCCAAGCCUGGUUUACGAGAAACCGGGACCUGUGCAUUCAAUCGCCGCUUCCAAAGAUUUGAUCGUGGCAGGCACGGAGCAGGACGAAGUGUGGGUGAUACGCAUGCGGGGAGCGACACCCCAGGGGGCGACGUGUGUGGUACAGGGGCACGGAGUGGGGGAGGUGUGGGGGCUCGCCACGCACCCCUCCAGGAGUGUUGCAGUCACUGCCUCUGACGACUGCACCGUCAGGCUGUGGGACCUGGAGCGUCGUGUGCCGAUGGCCACGGUGCUCGUGGCGGAGGCCGCGCGCUGCGUCGCCUUCAGUCCCGACGGCCUCACCGUGGCGGCGGGCCUCAAGAACGGCGCCUUCGUGGUCUUCAGCAGCGAGAACUUGGAGGAGCAAACGCGUCGCCGCGACCGCAAGGAAGUCCUACAGGACCUCAAAUAUUCCCCUGACGGCCUCCUACUCGCCGUCGCCUCCAAUGAAAACUCUGUCGACAUCUACAACGUGACGAAGAACUACGAGCGCCUGCUGACGGUGGCAGGAGCCUCGUCCUCCAUCACGCACGUCGACUGGGACACGACGAGCGCCUUCCUGCAGCUCAACUCUGCGGCCGGGGAGCGUCUUAUCUUCAGGAUUCAGG